AUGAACGACAUGCCCACUUCACUUUUAUUCACAUACGAUCUUGACAUCCACUCCAACAACCCUUACAACGUGCCAUGCCAAACAAUGGAAGGCCUCGCUCAAGCCCUUUCGUUUUAUGGCAUGCAAAGUGUUUACAAUCCAGAGAUGUUCGACCCUAUUGAAGAGUUUGAUGGCAAUCCAUCUCGUCUUUCUGUGCGUGCUGUAAAUGCCUCAUCGGUUGUUCCUUUGGCACCCACUCCACUAUUGGAACACGAUGCUACGGAUACACCUGCCAGCAGCAAUGAAGAAGACAAUGCUAUUGUGACACCCACUUUAACAGCAGCACAGCUGUUCCCUCCACUUCCUAGCGACACAUGCGAAGGAGGUAACAACAACAAGCGACCACGGCCCUCUUAUGAAGAAGACGAUCAAGAAGAAGAAGAACAAGAGCAACAGGUGAUGCCAUCUCAACCUCACAAUAAGAAGCGUCGUUUGUCAAACAACAACAGCAACAGCAACAAGUCCAAAGUGUGCUCUGUGUGUGGUGCGCAGUUCUCUCGAGCCUACAACAAGCGCACGCAUGAACUCACUCACUUUAAGGAUCGUGUAAAGCGCUUCCCAUGCAACGCUUGUCCCAAAUCUUUUGAUCGUAAACAUGAUCUUCAUCGUCAUAUCUCUGCUCUUCAUACUGGCAAACGCACUUUUGCUUGUGAAUUUUGCCCAACCACCUUUUCACGUCGUGAUGCUCUUGUCAAACACGUUGAAAACCACCACUAA